AUGACUGUUGACACUGAAAAAGAUCCUCAAGCUGAAUCCCCGGUGGUAUCACCAAGAUCACCCUCGAGUCUUUCAAAUGAGUCUACCGAGCCGGUAGUUACUCUGAAGACAUGGAUUGUUGCUUCGAUUCUUUCCUGCGGUUAUGGCCUCUCGUUUUGGCCUAUACCGGUUGUGGCUGCCAUUGGAACCAUGAUCUCCGCUGAUAUGGGCGAUUCAACGGGAUACAUUUGGUUUGUUCCAGCCUGGACCAUCUCAAUCACCUGCGCUUUCUUGAUCUUUGGUCCAAACACCGAUCUUUUGGGUCGACGCUGGUUCUUAGUGCUGGGAAACUUGGUAUGCUUCGUUGGCCAUAUUGUGGUGGCAACAGCAAAGAGCACAAAUCAAGUAAUCGCUGGCCUUGUUAUAUCGGGAUUUGGCGGCGCAAACUGUCAGAUGGCUGCAUUUGCACUACCAGAACUUCUUCCUAAUAAAUGGAGACACAUUGGAGUGGUAAUCGCCGAUUUCACAGUCUACGUGGCUGUUAUUGUAGCACCGGUGACAGCACGAUAUGGCUACGAGCUCGGGAACUGGGCAUGGAACUUCUGGGGCGUGGCUAUCUUCCAAGGCCUAUCGUUCUUCGGCUUGCUAUUCCUUUAUUAUCCCCCCAAGCACCCUCUGGGAAUCCCUUAUAAGGAGGCCUUUAAAUCUCUCGACUACCUGGGCGCCUUUCUUUUUAUCGGCGGCGCAGUCCCCUUCUUGAUGGGAAUUGUCUGGGCGGGCGUGUACGAGUCUAAUGACGCUCAUGUUGUCGCUCCACUAGUCGUCGGGGCAGUCCUGCUGAUUUGCUUCGCACUAUGGGAAUCUUUCGGCAAUCUGGAAUACCCGCUCACGCCAACUUACGUAUUUGCCAGCUCAUGGGGCCGUGACUUCACAGCACCUGUAAUUGCGCUGGGGGUUGUCAACAUGUUUUACUAUUCAUCCAGCAUUUUGUGGCCGCAGAUGAUUACCGUCUUUUACACAAAUGGCGGUGCGGACUGGAAGUAUUCCGUUAUCCUGUCAUUACCGCAGGGGCUUGCUAUCUUCUUUGGGGCCAUGCUUCUCACCUUCUUCGGUAGUAAACUUCGACACUGGCAGUGGCAGCUUACUGGAUCAGUGUUUGUUAUGGUUGUCUUUGGGUCUUUGCUCGGUCUUGUUACUCCGACUAAUAAGGGUACUAUGAUCGCUUUUAUUUUCCUCUCUCAGGCUGGGUUUGGAUGGGCUAUUUAUUUGAGUAUUGCUAUCACUCAAAUGGGUGUUGAUCAUAAAAACCUUGGUGUUAGUGGCGGCAUUUCAGGAUGCAUUCGUUUUGCCGCUGGAGCUGUUGCUACGUCGAUUUACCAAACCGUUUUCAGCAAUACCUUGACUAAAUAUACAGCUAUAUACGUUCCUACUGCUUCAAUUGCAGCUGGACUUCCAGAGUCUGAGGUCAAAGAUCUGAUGUCCGUGGUUUCUCAAGGUGCCACUGCAAUGAAGGCAUACAGCCCUGCCAUCGUGGCAGCAGCAGAAGCGGCUCUUGGCCAAGCCUACUGCAAAGCUAUCUUUGUGGUUGCCAUGGUAUCAAUGGCCUUUGGUAUUUUAGGUCUUGCAGCUUGUCUGUGCUGCAAGGAUGUCGAUUCUAAAAUGACAAACAAGAUCGAGGUAUACCUCGAAAACACAGAUCUCUCAGACCGGAACAAACAUCACUAG